UUCGCGCAUCGAUUGGGGUUUUGAGGUCUUCGUGCGCGGCGCAAAGUCUUUGAGGUUGGAAGGGGUUAUUCACACUCGAAAUGCACGCGAAGAUCGUGAUAUUGCAGGUAGGGGAGAUCAAACUAUACCUAAUGAACCCCUCCUUCGCACUUAAGCCCAGUCGGUGCCCUUCGCCUCGCCCCUCAACGCCCCCUCGUGCCCUUCGCACCAGAUCCCAUUCCCCUUGCGUGAAGGUGAAUCUCACCCGCAACAAGCCUCCCCACCCCCAACUCAGCGACACUGCACCCCUCCACCGCCGUGCGCACCCUUCAGACAACCCGCGCGCACCCAGCGGCGGGUUGAAGGGACCCCCUUCCCGUACUCGCACCCUUCCCCCUUACAUCCUGCACCCGCGCGACAGAAGAAGGCACACCUUCGGUGCGCUUACCUCCACAAAAUCACUCUCCGCGUGCUUGAGACGGUGCUCCCUUAGGUCGACGAGGGGGGCUGGGUCAGCCUACCCCCUCUCCAUGUCGGUAAGCGCCCCAUCCGCCCACGCCACGCACCCCCCUCUUGCACUCCUCCCCCAGGCCCUUCUCCUCAUCGACCCAACAAGACCCCUCCCGCGAAAAUGGCGGCGCACCCUUCCGGGCGUAGGUGCGGAAGUUGGGGGCAAUGUCAAUUUCAAUGGCGCGCACACGAUCUCUGCCAAUUUGUGAGCAAAUUCCGCACCUCGCGCUCGAACUGGCACCUUUCCGCGCAGGAAAACGGCCCCCUCCCCCACUCGAGGCACCCCUCAUCUUCUGGCGCACCUCCCUCGACCCGUGCCACACCCCCUACCUGGCUCCCCCGACCUGUCUCAUUGACUUGAAAGGCCCCCCUUCCCUGCGUACCUCCCCUUCUCAUCCCCCCUCCACCGAAACCACACUCGCACAAAAAAGCGCACCUUUUCUCAAGGUGCGAGUACCCCCGCCCCCACGCCUACCCACCGAAAUUGGAGGCGCCGUCGAUUUUGACGGCGCGUGGACAAAUCUGCGUAU